AUAUAAAGAAAGAAAGAAAGAAAGAAAGAAGAAAGAAAGAAGACAUAUAUAAUACAAUAGAGGAAAGAAAAAACGUCUUUAUUUGAUUAAGCAACCUAAUUCAACAGUGCGAUUGAUGUAAUAACACAUACAGCUUAUCUACGAUUGAAAUCAGAAACAAGAAACUUUCAACUUGGACGUGUCGCACAAGUUUAGAUAGAAAAUACUUGAUCAUAAGACAUAAACGUAAACGUGAACAAAGACUUCUACACUCUUUUUUAAAUUACUGGCGAAGAGAAAUUAAAGACAAUAUGUAUUUCGACACCAUGAUUAUAUUGUGGCUUGGCAGUGGAGUUAUUUUGCGUGAUAUCUAUGCAGAUUCUUCUUCCUGUUAUGAUAUGAGAGGAGAUUGUGAAACACUUCAAAAGAUUGGUUAUUGUGACAAGGAAUCAGCCAUGAUGCAAGGGGUAUGUGGAAAAACAUGUGGCUUAUGUGGAAAGAAAAUAAGCGCAAAGAAGCCAACAGAACCAAGAAGAAAAAUAACAAUAAAUGCAUGUAAAAAUCAUCGUACUGAUUGCUCCUUGCUUUCAGAAGCAGGAUGGUGCCAACUGAGACAGUCAUUGAUGUCUCAAUUAUGUGGUCCUGCAUGUGGGUUUUGUGAAGAGAGCAAUGAGAAUGUUGUUUCAGUUACGAUAGGUGCAAGAACAAUAACAACAAGAGCACCAAUAACCCAACCAUAUUAUUGUCGAGAUAGCCGCUCUGAUUGCAAAAAACUAGCCACUGUAUUUGGCAUGUGUGUCACUAGAAAAGCAGCAAUGAAAGUUGUAUGUCCAGUGACAUGUAAUUAUUGUCCUCGAAAAACUGUCAAUAAAGAUAUUACCAGUGCUCCUUCAAAAAGAAAAAUGUUGUCGAAAACAUUAAGAACAAUCUCAACAACAAAAUCUACAGCAGCAGCAAAACGUGCUUUAAGAUGUAAAGAUUAUAGAGGUGAUUGUAAAAGACUUGGCAUACAGUUUGGUUGGUGUAGAAGACGAAAGAUUUUAAUGAAGCAAGUGUGUCCAUACACCUGCAAUCUUUGUGAUACAUAUAAAAAUACAGAAAGUCAGGCAACUGCUAAGACAUUAACAAGCACAUCACUAUUAACAGGUACAACGGCAAUUACUCUUAGUAGUCAUAAAAGUUGCCACGACACAAGAUCCGAUUGCCAUAGAAUCGGAAUAUUAUUAAACUGGUGUAAUAUUCAGAAAGCGGCGAUGUUGAAAUAUUGUUCUGCAUCAUGCCAAUUUUGCAGAAAUAACGGUAAAGAAAAACCAACGACCACACUAUUAACUAAUAGUAAGACAACAAUACCACCAGCAACUAUAACAACAACAAAACAAAUUGCACCCACCAAAUUAAAACCAGCAUCUAACUGUUUUGACAAAAGAACUGACUGUCACAGGCUUGCGCAUGUCUUUAAAUGGUGUGUUGCAAAAAGAAGUGCAAUGCAACUACUUUGUGCUCGGACUUGCAAUUACUGUCAUCGUCACAAUAAGAAACCAACUAAAGCGACAACUACAAAACUUACCACAAGGACAACGACCACAAAAGUUGUACCAACUACAGCUGAAAAUACAGCUACAGACUGUACAGAUACCAGAGAUGAUUGCGCGAGACUAAGUAAUGAAUUUGGCUGGUGUGUAAGUAAAAGAAGUGUAAUGGAGAAAGUUUGCGCUGUUACUUGCAAUGCAUGCGUUGCAAAGAAAAAAAAAGAAAUCACAUUCGCUCCACCAGAAGUCCCGGCAACACCCAGAGUUCCCGUAUGUGAAGACAAAAUGGAAGGUUGCAGCUUUAUUAAGAAGCGAGGAUGGUGUACAAGACGAAAGUCGGCUUUCGAAACAAGAUGCAGAAAAACAUGCGGCUUCUGUGCUCCAUGCUCAGACUCACGUCCUGAUUGUUUUAAAUACAAGUCAAAUGGAUGGUGUGAAACUAAGAAACCACUAAUGGUUGGCGUGUGUCCAAGGACUUGCGGCUUAUGUAGUAUGGUACCAGCUAAACCAAAGGGUGAAUCAUGCAAAGACAAAAACGCAGGUUGCCAAAAAAUGAAGAAAAUUGGCUUCUGUAAGAGUAGAAAAGCUACCAUGAAAAAGCUGUGUCCAGGAACUUGCGGAUUUUGCACUCCAGGAAAUGGCGCUUCCGCAGCGGUUUCGGCAACAACCACCGCACCAACAGCACCCAAAACAACCCGGCGUAGAGUUAUGGGAUGCAGUGACGCAUAUGGAGCAGAACGUUGUAACUAUUACUCACAUUUGGGGUGGUGUGAGAAGUACGACAGAAUCCGUAAGAACUGUGAUGACACCUGCAGGUGUAACUACGUCGCACCAACUAAGCUUCCACAAAGUCAGAAGUGUAACGAAACACCACAUGGUUGCUGUUGGGACAAGAAGACAGCUAAAAGAGAUGCAAACGGGAGCGAUUGUCCAGAAUGUUCUGAUGACAAACGUUUCACAGUGCUUUGUGCACGAUUUGGUGACGAUUGCACAAGUUCUGGCAGUUUGGCAAAAUCACUGCACAAAUAUUGUCCCAAAACUUGUAAAAUGUGCUAGUUCAACCGAAAGAAAUGAUGAACGUUAUUUUGUCUUAUUAUUUCUUUCCUUCAUGGUUGUAAUUUUUGCACGUUUGGCACUUUACUGCUGUCCACACAUUGGAGAGACAAAAACAGCCAUGAUACGACAAGAUAUAGAAAA